UUUCCAGCCCACUCACCGACACCUCCAUGUGGGCGUCAUCGACCGGCUUACCUCCGUAGCAGCCAGUGGGCAGCAACCGGAGCAGCAGGUCAGUGAACAGGGACUGCAAGUCAUCCUGACUCCAUCAUUUUACCGCCUCCGCCGCAGCAGCAGCAGCAGCAGCAGCAGCAGCCGCCGCCGGCCUGACCUGCCGUCCUCCGGCCCGCUCUCCCCGCUACUGGAACCUCCUCCACCCGCAGCCGUUUUAGCAGCUCGCUAGCUUAGCCGCCAACAAUCACAUGGAUCCCAACACCAGCGUAAACAACACCGAGGCGACGAUGCUGCUGAGCCACGCCAAGACGCUCCGGCUGCACACCGGGAACCUGGUGAACCGGAGCCGCCUGAAGAAGAAGUGUCCCGGGUCUCCGAGCGAGGAGCUUCGGGACUGCAUUCAGGCGACGCUGAGCGACUGGUUCUCCACCAACAAGCCGUCGUCCAAGGACCUUCCAGACACGCUGGACUGCUUCUUUCCUGAGGCUACAGAUGCCAUCACACCUGAGGAGAGGGAGGAGGUGAAGGUUUCAGUCAAGCUCUUCCUGUGUGAGUCGGGCCAGUCGUCCAUCAGAGACGCCGUGGAGAUGGCCUGCCGGACGCUGGCCGUGUCCCAGCUCGACUCGGUGAUCAUAGCGCCCCCUGGGCCUCUGGAGGGAGACAGCCAGAGUCUGGCCCACCUGCAGCCUGCAUGGGAGCAGCUGGAGGCUCUGGUCCGGAGUCAGCAGAUCGCAGCCAUCGGCACCUCGGACCUGGACAAGGACCUGCUGGAGCAGCUCUACAACUGGGCUCAGGUGAAGCCCAGCAGUAACCAGGUGAACCUGGCCUCCUGCUGCGUGAUGCCUCCGGACCUGACGGCCUUCGCUAAAGAGUUCGACAUCCAGCUGCUCACGCACAACGACCCCAAAGAGCUGAUGUCGGCGGCUACGUUCCAGGAGGCGAUGCAGGAAGGAGCUCAGGGCCUGAGCGUCGCCGACUGGAGGCUGGAGUGGGUCCUGCGCUACUCCAUCAUCGUCAAGAGCCGAGGCAUCAUCAAGUCCAAGGGCUACCUGGUCAGCGCCAGGAAGGCGAGCCCGUAGCGCGGCCGGCCGAAGGACGAGACGCGGGGAUGAAGCCAUUUUCCUGUUUCCAUUCACACAACAGCACACAGCAGCAGCAGCUCUGAAUAACGGAGGCGCCACUCACCAAGAAGUCUUUGUUUUAUCUCACAGAUCAAUCCUCCUCCUCUUCUAUCGUUUAUUCUCUUCUACAGAUGCAGGUAUUCAGAGGUUUUAAAAAUAAAAACAGGAAGGUGAACUCACGAGACCGACUCAGAAAAGACUUGACGAAGCGACUUUCGCAGAUGUUCGCUGCCCACUCUGACCGCUGACAGAUCAGAACGACGGGACUAAACUUUGGUCCGAGGUGAAGGUGAACCGUGACGUGAAGUGCCUCUCCUCCUCCUCCUCUUCCUCCUCCUCCUCCUCCUCCUCCUCCUCCUCUUCCUCUUCUUCUUCUUCUUUAUCUCCACGGUGUUGGUGUGAAUCAAGCUUUAAAUCAGUCUGGAUGAAGUGAUUACGAGUAGCUCAAGCGCUAGCAAACCUACUGUUGGUCGUAGAGGAUUCCAUUUCGAGCAGAGAAAUGGAACCUCAUCCUGUCAUUGGGGGGACGUCUGAUUAUAUUCAUGCGAUGUAGAUUUUUCCUGCUCUGUGUGUGUGUAUAUACGUCAUUUACAUUCCGUAACUGAGAGAAACGAUGCACUAAUUCAAACGCAGACGUGUUUGUCGUGUUUAUUGUAUGAUGCAGAUUGAAGCAGCCACUCUGACGUUAUCUUUGUCGUGACAUGUUUACCCCCCGUGCUCAUGAGAUCCGUGCGAGGCCGAGCACGGCGACCUUCACCAGGCUGACGUCUCGUGUUUGGUUUUGAAGCACUGGAAGCUCCGCAGCAAGGAGACGUGAAGAAAGCGUUCGUUCUGAGGAAGAAGCUCGUAUUUAUGGUUGUUUUUCCAGACAGGGUCCAGUGAAUCCUAAAGCUCUCCGUUGUACUGUAACCAUAUUUAAAUAUCUGUAGAUCAGGAAUUGGCCUCAUUGGAAAUGAUGAAACAUGUUUUUGACGUAAACACUGGUGUACAAAGACAGACGGGGUAAACACGGCCGAGUGUGACUGACUUUGGAACUAAACAGAUAAAAAAAACAUUAAAAUUUUACAGAUGAAUCUGAAACGGAGCCUGAAGUGAUUUCUUCCAGCAGCAUGUUUGAACUUUAAUUUGAAUUAAUUAGAUUAAUGCGACCUGAAGGUGCCGCUGAGCGAUCAGCAGGUGGUGCAGAAGGUGUUUUAAGAGCUAUUUGUUUAUUGUUGAUUGAGUUUUCUAGUUGGGUGCGUUGUUUGGGUUGGAGUCGUGGAUUAAUCGACUGAUUAAAGGGACUCUGGGAACAAA